UCCGCGUCUGCAAAAGGGGCCCCGGGACUCCUGGCUGGGCCAGUCCGGCGCCGGGUGGUGGAGUCCCCGCGCUGGUCCUCGCGCGCGGGUCCCGGAGGAGGAGGAGCAGGGAACACCCUUCUCCCCUGAGUUGCGAACAACUUUUCCGGCUCGGAUCGCGACGGUGGCUCGGACACGGUGGCCGCCGCAGGUUGCUGAGCCCCGGGCCCCGCUGCCCGCACCUCGGCCGCGCGCCGCUCGCGUGGGGCGCACCCUGGGGGUCCCCGACCUCGGCUCGGCGGGCGACAUGCCACUGGGACACAUCAUGAGGCUGGACCUGGAGAAGAUCGCCCUGGAGUACAUCGUGCCCUGCCUGCACGAGGUGGGCUUCUGCUACCUGGACAACUUCCUGGGCGAGGUGGUGGGCGACUGCGUCCUGGAGCGGGUCAAGCGGCUGCACCACGACGGGGCCCUGCGCGAUGGCCAGCUGGCCGGGCCGCGCUCCGGCGUCUCCAAGCGGCACCUGCGGGGCGACCAGAUCACGUGGAUCGGGGGCAACGAGGAGGGCUGCGAGGCCAUCCACUUCCUCCUGUCCCUCAUCGACAGGCUGGUCCUGUACUGCGGGAGCCGGCUGGGCAAAUACUAUGUCAAGGAGAGGUCCAAGGCAAUGGUGGCUUGCUAUCCUGGAAAUGGAACAGGCUAUGUGCGCCACGUAGACAACCCCAAUGGUGACGGCCGCUGCAUCACUUGCAUCUACUACCUGAAUAAGAACUGGGAUGCCAAGAUACAUGGAGGGAUCCUACGGAUAUUUCCAGAAGGGAAGUCAUUCAUAGCAGAUGUGGAACCCAUUUUUGACAGACUACUGUUCUUCUGGUCAGAUCGCAGGAACCCACAUGAAGUCCAGCCUUCCUAUGCAACCAGAUAUGCUAUGACUGUUUGGUACUUCGAUGCUGAAGAAAGAGCAGAAGCUAAAAAGAAAUUUAGGAAUUUAACUAGGAAAACUGAAUCUGCCCUUUCUGAAGAUUGACUGUGAUCUGAAAUCCGCUGGUCUCUUUCAUCGUAGUGAUGGUUCCUGAAUUCUAAGAGUUGAGAUCCAAAGAUGGCCGCUAAAGUGACCAUAAAGUCCCCCCUACUGCUUCCAUCGUUCACAUCCCUGUCAUAUGUGUGGUACUUCGUGUUUUCUUGCCAGGACUGCAACGACUUUCAGACACUCUCUUUGCUGGAUGAACUCAUUUGCUAACUCAAGAAAUGCCAGCAGACAUCCUUGUUGGCCAGCGGUUUAACGAUAGAUUUGGGAAUACUGGCUCUCAGAACAAGGGCCUAGGGGCCCAGGAGUGACUUUUACUUGCACUUUAUGCAUACUUCCUGAUUUGAAAGGAGGAGGUUUGCAAAGAAAAAAGUUGGUGACAGAUGCCACAGAGAGGCAUCAUUGAAGCCUUAACAGCAAGAAACAGACAUUUGUCAUCUGAACAAUUUCCAGAUGUUGUUAAAGCAGGGCUGUUGGGGUUUCUGGAGAAUUACUACGACCUAAUGACAUUAUUACCUCUAGCAAGAGCUGCUGUCAUAUAAAUGUCCCAUGGGGCUGGACACUCCUUUUUCUGGUCCUCCAACCUGAACUUUCUUUCAUUGCCCCAUUUUGCUAAAUUAAUGACUUUAGGAUUGAAAAUGACAACACUGGUGAUUUCUCUUUUCACUUCUUUCUUGCAGAAAAUAAUUACACAGAGGCUAAAAGUAGACAUUUGUGGUUUUGAUUGUUUUGCUGGACUGAGAAUUUGAAUUUAAAUCAAAGGACAAAAAUCUACCUGGUAAUUUGGUGUUGGCCUCUGGUAAUAGUGUGCAAAGAGCCGGCCCAAAGUUAGGCACACAUAUGCAUGGUGAUCUAUUGAAGGGGAAGGUGGAGCUGGAAAUGUGGGUGGUCCCCUUCUUAUCAGUGUUUCUUUUUAAUGAGUUCAUCCUUCUCUAAUAAAAGAAAAGGGUGCUGUACUUUCAAAAGGAAAUAUAAAUAAAAAUAUCUCAAAGCUAUUUGAGUUUUUCCACAGUGUCUGUCCCUUCCAGCCUUUCUUCAGUCAUUUGACCCUUGAGAGCAACUGGUUGGUAAUGUGGCCAGAAUCUUGGAAUUCACUAGACCUCUGGAAGGCUCUACUGCUACAGGAAGCAGAUGUUCCUGCCUCAAGAACUCUGUUGAGUACCUGUUGUAUAAAAGGAACCCUUCCUAGUUCCCAAGUCUACUUUCAGAACUUAAAAUCCUUUUAAUUUCUUGCUAAAAUAUCACAAAUGUAAUAGAGACAUAAGUGUUUUCUUUUAUUACGUACAGACUUGCACACUUUUCCAAGAAAGGCCUUUAUUCUUCCCAUUUCUGGAUUUUGGAAAAUUUCAUUCUCACAACUGCUCUAUUUUAUCAUAGUACUUCUCACCUUCUAAUGUACCAUGCAAUUUCCUUAUUUAUAAUGUUUACUGUCUCGUUUCCUCCAUCUAGAGUGUAAGCACAACAGGGACAGGAGUUUGUAUGUUUUCAAUCAAUGCAAUAUAUUCUCAGCCCCUAAACCAGUGCCUGGCAAAUAGUAAGGACUUAGUAAACACUUGUUGAAUAAACUCAGUCUCCUCUGUA